GAUAGAUUUUUGGAUAUCUGUCACCGUUUUCUUUCCCAAGUGUGCGUUAUUUUUUUUAUUUAGUUUUAGUUUCCCGCACUUUCUUCGUCGAAACGUUUACAAAACGGUUUCCCAAUCGUGCUUGAACUUUAAUCGAACGUUUGCUCUAAUAAAGAAUAGCAUCACCGUGUGAAUCACCAACAUUUUCUUGGCAAAUAUUCCUGUUUGCAUAGUGCCACUAGUUCCAUAAUCAUAACCUUAAAAAUAGAAAUAAAUUAAAUGGCUGGCAAAAGGAGCGCAACAAGUGAGUUAAACCACGAUAAUUGGGACCAGGAGGACGAAUGCGAAGAUGCUGGAACCUUCAAGAGAGCCUCAGAAGAUGUGCUGAAGAAGCGCGUUAUAAAAACGGCACGCAGGAGGGGAGUAGCCCCGACGACAACUAAAGAGACUGACAAUGGCGAGGAGAAGAAGAGCGUAUUUGGCGGAUUUACAGCAUUCAAUAAGGCCCAAACAAAUCCAAAUGCUGCUUUUGCUUUCUUGAAACAGGAUGUGAACGGAACUGAUAAGGAAGUUAUUAAACCUGUAGAGACCCCCAAGAAGGAGCCCAAUAAUGAGUACCUGGCAAAGUUGAAAGGCUUGAAUGAGAGUGUUUCAAGUUGGAUUAAGACUCAUGUUGAUGAAAAUCCAUUCAUUGAUCUGAGGCCAAUCUUUGGUGAUUAUGAAAGAUACUUCAAGGAAAUUGAAACUACAAAAGUAAAGGUCAGUGAAGAAACUAAAAAAGAAUUGAGUUCAUUUACAUUUCAAACACCAGCAAAGGAAGAUAAGUCCCAACUGACUUUUGGAAGCAAUAAGAAGCCAGAGGAAAGUAAACCACAGUUCAGUUUUGGUAAUAAUCAAAACAAUAACAAUUCAAAGGAAAGUGCACCUCAAUUUAGCUUUGGAAGUGGCAGUAAAGAUGAGAAAGUGACUAAACCACAAUUCAGUUUUGGCAGUACAAACAAUAAAGAAGCUGAGACUAAAACAGGACAGUUCUCUUUUAACAGUAAUAGCAAAGAGAAAGAGGAACAGAAGCCACAAUUCAGUUUUGGUAGUAAUAGUAAAGAAGAGAGUAAACCACAAUUCUCAUUUGGUACACCCAAAAAGCAGGAAAGUAGCAAGCCAGAAUUCAAGUUUGGAGCUACAAAUACAGCAAAUGAGAAUAAGGAUUUCAGUUUUGGUAGUAGUAAAGAUGAGCAGGACAAAAAGGGAUUCACCUUUGGCAGCGCUUCAAACAAUUUCAGUUUUGGAGCGGUCACCUCGACUCCUUUCGCCGCCGCCAAUAAUGUGACGAAACCUGCAGUCACGACCGAGAAAUCAGAGGAGGCCGAAGAAGAUGAGCCCCCAAAGGUGGAAUUUACACCGGUUGUCGAGGAUAAUAGCGUAUACUCCAUUAGGUGCAAAGUGUUUGUGAAGAAGGAUGGUGCCUUUGGGGAUAGAGGUGUGGGAAAUUUGUUUUUAAAACCUGUGCCAGAUUCAGAGAAGGUGCAACUGAUCGUUCGCGCCGACACGAAUCUGGGUAAUUUGUUGUGUAAUUUUAUAUUGUCUGAUGGAAUUCCCAUGCAGAGGCUGGGGAAGAAAGAUGUUAUGUUAGUUUGUUUGCCCGUGCCAGAUGCUAAACCUCCUCCAACACCGAUUUUAUUCAGAGUUAAAUCGUCCGAGGACGCCGAUGAGCUAUUAAAGACCUUAGAGAAACACAAAAAGUGAUUCGAUAUACAUUAUUUCUUAUAUA